CUUGCCACCGCCACCACCCCGAAACGCAGGCUACCAACGACGAUCAGGGCGGGGUGAACCACCCUGCCGAUUCUUCGAUUCAUCUUCUUCCCCUCACCGGCGAGCUGCCCGCAGUUGCUUCUCUUCUCUUCUCUCUCUCUGCCGCGAUAUUGUUCCCUUCCCUUCCCUUCCCUGGGGGGAUCCAAGGGGCGGGAUUCAGUGGCAGCAACCAGCAAGCAGCUUCCUUUGUUUUGAUUUCUCUCUCUCUCUCUUUCCUUUUUUUUAAUAAAAGAAAGAGCUUUCUUUGAUGAACUCUCUGGGCUUAUCGGUGGCGGCCGCCGGUGCCACGACCACCGGCUCUCCCUUCCACGACGUCUGCUGCUAUGGGGCGGGAAUCGCAGGCAACAUCUUCGCUCUGGUGCUCUUCGUCUCCCCGCUGCCGACGUUCAAGAGGAUCGUCCGGAACGGGUCGACGGAGCAGUUCUCGGCGAUGCCGUACAUCUACUCGCUGCUCAACUGCCUGAUUUGCCUGUGGUACGGCCUCCCCUUCGUCUCCUACGGCGUCGUGCUCGUCGCCACCGUCAACUCCAUCGGCGCCGUCUUCCAGCUCGCCUACACCGCCACCUUCGUCGCCUUCGCCGACGCCAAGCAGAGGGUGAAGGUGUCCAGCCUGCUGGUUAUGGUGUUCGGCGUGUUCGCGCUAAUUGUGUAUGCUAGUUUGGUGUUGUUUGAUCACCAAACUCGGCAACUGUUCGUCGGUUACCUCAGCGUCGCGUCGCUCAUAUUCAUGUUUGCUUCACCCUUGUCCAUCAUUAACUUGGUGAUCAGGACGAGGAGCGUGGAGUACAUGCCCUUCUAUUUAUCGCUAUCUAUGUUCUUGAUGAGCAUAUCAUUCUUCGCGUAUGGAGUUCUACUGCAUGAUUUCUUCAUUUAUAUUCCGAAUGGGAUUGGAACCGUUUUGGGUAUCAUACAAUUGGUGCUCUAUAGCUAUUUCAGAAAAGGAUCUACAGAGGACAGGCUCCCAUUGCUUGUCACACAAACAUGAGCAAGGUCCUACAAGCAAUUUGCCACUCCCUUCUCUUGAAACUUCCUCGCCUGGUUAUCACAAAUUGAGGUUUUGUGGUGGUGGUGAUGGUGUUUACUGUUCUUUUGUAAAAUUAUUCUGUGGUAUGAAAUGUACAAAUAGCUUUUUGUGAAAAUAUUGAGAUGAAUGGAUAGCUCCAGCUCUGUUUGUUAGCUGCCAUAUCAUUUCUUGAUUCUUUGUUCCCUUUGUUCAAAGCUACCGUAAAAUGUAAACAAGAAUAGUCUGAGAAAAAAAUCGUCAAAUUUUCAAUUGGAGUCAUAACAGGAGAAAAAUUAUCUACCUGAGUUUGUAAGCAAGCAGUAGCGCUUAUUUACUUUAAAUUAUAUUUGUAGCGCCUAAUUUAUUUUAGCCAAAGGCCAGUAAGAAAAUUCACGUGGUCUCAACUGGGCCUUUCCAUGGGAGUAGCUUUCAUU